AACAAAGCCUCAUAAAGCCCAGUAACGAAAAUAAAUCACCUCUCUGUUUUUCUCUCAUCAAUUCUCAAUUCUCGAUUCUCAUUUCCCAAAUGAAGAAGACGAAGAUGUGUACUUCCAGAAUCCUCAGUAGUAAUAACAAGAUCUCCGCGGCCUUCUUCUUCUUCGUUCUUCUCUUCAGCUCCUCCGUUCACUCCUUUUAUCUUCCCGGCGUUGCUCCCCGUGACUUUCACAGGGGUGAUCCUCUUUCUAUCAAAGUGAAUAAGCUGUCAUCUACAAAGACUCAACUUCCAUAUGAUUACUACUACUUGAAAUAUUGCAAGCCUGAUAAGAUUUUGAAUAAUGCUGAAAAUUUGGGUGAGGUUCUUCGAGGUGACCGCAUUGAGAAUUCUGUAUACACUUUUGAAAUGAUGGAAGAGCAGUCAUGCAAAGUGGCCUGUCGGAUGACACUUGAUGCUGAAACUGCUAAGAAUUUUAAAGAGAAAAUAGAUGAUGAAUAUCGGGUUAACAUGAUUCUAGAUAAUCUUCCAGUUGCUGUUCUUAGACAAAGGAGGGAUGGUAGUCAGUCAACAACUUAUGAACAUGGUUUCCGAGUUGGGUUCAAAGGAAAUUAUGCCGGGAGUAAAGAGGAAAAAUACUUUAUCAAUAACCACCUGAGCUUCCGAGUAAUGUAUCACAAGGAUCUUGAGACAGACUCUGCUCGAAUUGUUGGAUUUGAGGUCACUCCUAACAGUAUUAAUCAUGAAUACAAGGAAUGGGAUGAUAAAAAUCCUAAAGUCACAACAUGCAACAAGGACACCAAAAAUUUGAUUCAAGGCAGCACAGUUCCACAAGAAGUUGAAUCCGGCAAGUCUAUUGUUUUCACAUAUGAUGUCACCUUCAGGGAAAGUGAGAUUAAAUGGGCUUCUCGCUGGGACACAUACUUGCUCAUGAAUGAUGACCAGAUCCACUGGUUCUCUAUUAUAAACUCAUUGAUGAUUGUCCUGUUCCUCUCUGGCAUGGUGGCCAUGAUCACGAUGAGAACUUUGUACAGAGAUAUUGCUAACUAUAAUCAGCUGGAGACUCAAGAUGAGGCUCAGGAAGAAACCGGGUGGAAGCUUGUCCAUGGAGAUGUGUUCAGAGCCCCUAUCAAUUCUGGUUUACUAUGUGUUUAUGUCGGCACGGGUGUACAAAUCUUUGGGAUGACACUUGUGACAAUGAUAUUUGCAUUGCUGGGUUUCUUAUCCCCUUCUAAUAGAGGUGGCCUUAUGACGGCUAUGGUUCUGUUGUGGGUCUUCAUGGGCAUAUUAGCUGGUUACUCGUCUGCACGACUGUACAAAAUGUUCAAGGGCACGGAGUGGAAAAGGAACACCCUCAAAACUGCAUUUAUGUUCCCCGGUAUUCUCUUUGCAAUUUUCUUUGUGUUGAAUGCCCUAAUCUGGGGGGAGCAGUCUUCAGGGGCAGUGCCUUUUGGAACAAUGUUUGCUCUCGUUUGCUUGUGGUUUGGAAUAUCGGUUCCCUUGGUCUUUGUGGGUAGUUACCUCGGUUUCAAGAAGCCAGCUAUUGAAGAUCCCGUGAAAACAAACAAAAUUCCGAGGCAAAUACCUGAGCAAGCAUGGUAUAUGCAACCGGUCUUCUCCAUUCUUAUUGGAGGCAUUCUUCCAUUUGGUGCUGUGUUUAUCGAGCUCUUCUUUAUCUUGACAUCAAUAUGGCUGAAUCAGUUCUACUACAUCUUCGGCUUCCUCUUCAUAGUGUUUAUUAUCCUUUUGAUCACCUGCGCAGAAAUAACAAUUGUUCUCUGCUACUUCCAACUAUGCAGUGAGGAUUAUCACUGGUGGUGGAGAUCAUACCUGACAGCCGGCUCUUCCGCUGUAUACCUUUUCCUUUACUCCAUUUUCUACUUUUUCACCAAAUUGGAGAUCACAAAGUUUGUUUCUGGAAUCCUCUAUUUCGGUUAUAUGAUCAUCAUGUCAUACGCAUUCUUUGUUUUGACUGGGGCAAUCGGUUUCUAUGCCUGCUUCUGGUUUGUACGAAAGAUUUACUCCUCUGUCAAGAUUGACUGAUCGGAAAAUGCAAAAGAAAGACGAUGGACGCACCAACACUUCUAACGAUGUGGAUCUCGAUGAAAGGGUUUCGUUUAGUUUGUCCACUGGUUUUUGCCGGAAUUAGACUGAUCCAUGGGAAUUUUGGUUAAUAGUCUCAAUGAAAGAUUUUCCUGUGCUGAUUAUAGAUUAGGGUCUGCUUUGUUUUGUGAUACCAUAUAUAUUAACACUAUUCUCAUUAGUUUCUGUGUAUUAAGAGGUGAUUUAGAUCUCUCCUUACAGUGUAUCAACUGUCAUCUGCUGAAUCACAAGAUUACUUCAUAA